UUCAUAUUCAGAACCUUUUUAUAUAAAUUUGUUUGUAUUAACUGUACUUCGUUUCGAUAAACUCGUCCACACGCAUUCAUAAUUCAUUCUUGUCUGACAGUUAUAAUUGCGUUUUGUCUUUUUAAUGAAAUAAUAAUAAUAACAAUAAUAAUAAGCUGCACGUCUCGGUUGUGAGUGCAUCUCUGAGGUGGGACGUAAGGGGGGUAAUGCUGCCUCCGCCUGAUCACUACAGUGCUGCUACAGACGAGCAUCCGACCGGACCGGAGGACCUGCUCCACCAAGAACCACCAAGAACACGGACUGAUCGAAAUUGAACCCACAACAAUCCGAAGAGGAAUCUCUUUGUGCUGGAUCUGUUCUUGUUCAGGUUUUCAAUGGAUUCAGUGGAAGUAUUUUGGGAAUUAAACUGCGCUUAAGUCUUUCAUUUCUCGCAAAGGGAUUUUUGAGAGUCACUCGGAGAACAGCAUGCUCGUCUCGGUUCUGAUCGUCCUGUUUCCUCUUUUGGAUGUGUUACCCGCGGCAGAAGAGUCUUCCCGCGGCCGACCGGACUGCGUGCGGGCCGGCGAGCAGUGCUUGCGGGAGCCCGCGUGCAGCUCCAAGUACCGGACCAUGCGACAGUGCGUGGCCGGCGGCAAAGAGACCAACUUCAGCCUGGUGUCCGGCGUGGAGGCAAUGGAUGAAUGCCGGAGUGCCGUGGACGCCCUCAAACAGAGUUCGCUUUACAACUGCCGCUGUAAAAGAGGCAUGAAGAAGGAAAAGAACUGCCUGCGCAUCUACUGGAGUAUUUACCAGACCCUCCAAGGUAUUGACUUCUUGGAGGAGUCUCCGUACGAGCCUGUCAACAGCCGGCUGUCUGAUAUCUUUCGUCUGUCUCCCAUCAUCGAAGGGGCGCAGCCUUGGAGCGCCUCUGCUCCCUCUUCUUCAGGAAGGGGGAGUGACCAGGGGGGUAUGCCAAGGGGACGAGCCAGCCCCUCCACCACUGAACUGCUGGACCCUAGUAGAAACAGACGAGCCCAUCCCAAUUGGGCUAUACUGGGUGAGCCUGCUGUUGCUCGAGAGAACAACUGUCUGAAUGCAGCCAAAGCCUGUAACCUGAAUGACACAUGUAAGAAGUACCGGUCAGCAUACAUCAGUCCGUGCACCAGCCGAGUGUCCACAGCUGAGGUCUGCAACAAGAGAAAGUGUCACAAGGCCCUGAGGCAGUUCUUUGACAAGGUUCCUGUGGAACACAGCUAUGGCAUGCUGUUCUGCUCGUGUCCAGCAAGUGACCAAACAGCAUGCUCUGAGCGCAGACGUCAAACCAUUGUCCCCGUUUGCUCCUAUGAAGAAAAGCUGAAACCCAACUGCCUUGAGCUGCAGGCUUUGUGCAAGACCAAUUACAUCUGCAGGUCUCGUCUGGCUGAUUUCUUUGCAAACUGUCAGCCUGAGCCUCGCUCUCUCUCAGGCUGCUUGAAAGAAAACUAUGCAGACUGUCUGCUGGCGUACUCUGGGCUGAUUGGCACAGUGAUGACUCCGAACUACCUCCGCUCUUCAAAGAUGAGUGUGUCACCGUACUGUGACUGCAGCAACAGUGGCAACAACAAGGAUGAGUGUGACAAGUUGACUGAGUUCUUCACAGACAACACUUGCCUCCGUAACGCAAUCCAAGCAUUUGGUAAUGGAACAGAUGUGAGUGCGUGGCAGCCUGUGCCACCAGCUCACACAACCGUCUCCACAACAUUGCCGUACAAAAAGAACCGUGAUGGCAACUCCAACACCAUUGAUAACCACAUAAACACAGAUCAAAGCAUCUACCACUUCUGUGGGAAUUUACAGGCACAGAAAUUCAAGACCAACUUAACUGUGGAUGAAGAUUUGUGUGUGGAUCCCCUGAUUGACAGUCCCAGUACAUCCAACGCAAUCCUGGGUAACUCCUGCAUGUCCAAUUAUCAUACCACUGCACUGGGUUUGUUGCUGCCACUGCUGGUGACUCUGUGCUACUGCACCCUGACAACGAGAUGGUUGUAGCUUGUCGUCUGGAUAUACAUAUAUAUGGUUUGUUUUCUGUUUUUUUUUCUUCGUUUUUUUUUUUUUUUUUUUUUUUUUCUAAACCUUGAUUCUGCAAUGCAGCUGUAAUGACAUAUGACCUCUAAGUGUUGUGGCUGUAUGUUCAUGUUAGUGUGACAAAACAAAAGUAAACAUAACUACGGAAAACAUACUAACAAACUGUAGCCUGUGUUUUUAUUUUUUUUUUCCUCGAACAAUGUACUUAGCAACUAGUAUUUUGUUGUAUUCCGUGUUAAGGUUAACUUUGGCAUCCUCUAUGUAAAAUUCAGCAGUUUCCACAAUUGUGGCUGUUUUUAUGUGAUUCUCGUCUACAUGGUGGAAAUAAGGGAUGAGUGUUAGUGAACAAUCCAUCACCCUGUGGUUUCCCUGAAUAUAAUUACUUUCAAUACAAGUCAAUGAGAAUGGUUUCACUCAAAGACUGCCCGCUGUGCUGAUGCAGAACAGAAGCGGAAUGUGGCUGUGCCGGUUCUAAAAUGCGCAGCAUUUUCAUUGUCCACUGCCACCACUGGGAUAGAGUGGAUCCAACCAGGAAGGCAGUCAAUGAAAAGCACAGUGGAUCUGGUUGGUUUCCCAAUCAAAUCACAAUUUACAGACUGAAGAUUUUACUCUGAACAAUCAGUGGACGACUUCAAUGAAAAUACUGUUUUAUUGCAAUUUAAACACCAAAUAGUAAAUCAAAAUAGCAAGAAUAGAAACAAACAAUACACAAUAAUGAGAACACCUAACAUCCGUGACCACGGUUAUUGAGCAAAACAACAAGAUGCUCUAGUAAGUGAGAGAAUACAGCAGACGCAGGUCGGAUUGAUGGAAUAAUCUUCUUAAUUAUUCCAUUCAAAUGCCCAUUGUGGUCUCAAGAUGAUGACUCAACAGCGACCACACCAUCCCUCUUCAUUCAGUCGAACUGAGUUGUGGCAACGUUUGAUUUCUACUACUGGAGUCAAACUUGAGUAAAGUCCCAUGAGAGAGGCUUGUACUAAACACAAAUUGAAACUAGGCAUAGUUACAUACAAACGCAAUGACUCUGACCAUGCACUGCAUGUGUAAAAAAACGGACUACUUGUGUAACAGUGUGGGUGACCAAAAUGGGUGACUCAGUUUUAGCUUUGGUUGAAAGUGACUCUGAAUUUGCAAUUGGAUAAUGUGCAAUUUUACACAACAGAGCCACAUGAUGCCUUCCCGACACAAAUUAAUUUUGACUAUUUACCUAAGGCACACUUGUGAUGCAGAAAUCCCUUUCCUUGCUUCACUUUUGAGAGAUCCGGGUUCACAUAACGGUAUGAUGAGUCCAUGCAAAUUGAGAAUCACUGGAAAGUUGGAAGAACACAAUACAUUUUCUUUUCUUUUCUUUUUUUUUUUUAUCUGCUGUUCAGAUAAGUACUCAGUACAGUACUUUUUUUUUUUGUUUCAUGAUUUUCAUUCACUUAAAAUGUAUGUGCACACCUUCCAGGUCACUGCAUCUGUGAUCAAGUUGAGGACUUGCUCAGAUUAUUGGUUGAAACGUGUUUCAAUACAGUUGAUGAAAUGAGUGGACUUUAAUCCCACACACAGACACGUACCCGCUUGCACGGAUACAUAUAUCCCAAAAAAGUUGGCAAAAAAUAUAUAAAUAAAAAUUAAAUUAAAUAAAAAAAAAUACAAUUUACAUGGUAUAUGCACUAUUACAUACCAUCAUUGUACAACCUUAUAUACUGUUACUUGUACCUCAGUUCUACGGCCCCUUAAGCACUUUCCACACUGUUACAGUCCACACUGUCAAGUGUUCACCUUCAUGCAACAAAGAACGGCUGUGAUUUUUUUUUUUUUUUUUUUUUCACCAAAAAUUCAGAGUGGGCAGAAGUGUCAUAAAUAUAUAUAAAAAAAGACAUUUAGACAAGUAAUAAACAAUUGACAAUAAUAUAAUAAUAUUGUGGGUCUCAUUAGUUUUCUAAACUGAUGAAUGAGUUCAAACUAAUUUCAAUAAAUAGUUGAUAGGAAGAAAACAAACAAACAAAAAAAAAACUAUUUGGGCAUUUUAUUUUGGUAUCCUAAUCUUACUGGUACUAUAUCAGCCAACAUUUUUGGUAAUUUACAGAGCACUUUCUUUGAUGAAGAUGAACCAGUGUAAGUAUUUUUAUUUUUAUUUUUAUUUUUAUUUUUAUUUUUAUUUUUAUUACAUGUUGAAGAUGAAAUUCUUCCUUACCUGUACAUGUUAUGUUGGACAUUGUAACAUAAACCCAUGUUAUUUUUAUAAUUGCCCCACUUUUGACAUGGCUUCUUUUUGUUUGUUCAUCAACUUUAUUUAUUUAUUAAUUUUUUUCUGGCAGUAGUUGAGCUAAAUGGUUGGGGGGUAAAAUUAAUUGAAGAAUUUCCAGAAAAAAAAGUUUUCUGGUGCUCAUUGGAAUGAGAAGAUGAGGACAUGAUGAAUGUGUGAACGGGGACAAAUGCUUUAUGACAUCUCGUAUGAGAUGUCAGUUGGUUUUGUUAUUGGAUUGCUCAAAAACAAAAUUAUAAGUAAAUAAAUACAUUUUUCUGCUGUGAUAGCGGCACAUUAAUUUGGUUAAUGAAGCUGUAAAUGAAAUUAUUUUACAUUGAACUCAAAAAACACUGAAGUGCAAAGAAGAACAAACAAAAAGAGGUCAUCAGUAUCAAAACUACCAACUGAUAUCUCACAACAACAUCAUAUUGCAAGACAAUUCAAAGAUUCAAGAUGCUGACAGUGGGUGCGUUCGGGCACAGCCAGGUGGACGCAGCACCGAUCAGCCCCGAUCGGUGCGCUAUGCAUUGUGGAAAGUCAGGGUUGCGCAGUUCGCUCUGACAUCAUCAUGGAUGCUGCCAUCUAAAUCUCGAGAAAGUGAAGAGCCAGGCGAGUCACUGUCUCGAUCACCUACCCUCCCCUUGGGUCGGGUAAUUUGUGACGUCACCGUAUUUACUCCGUGACUCACCAACAUGGAGAUUGUUUUCCACUUCUAUAUAUGCAAGGAUGAUGCGUUUCACCCACCAGUAGUACUUUGGAGGAUUUUAAAGGCGUAUUUGAUUCAAGCCUGUCGUGGGCCGUGAGCUGCUCCGUGUGCAAGGCAUUGUGGAGAGUUGGGUGUCCAGAAUCGCGCUGUUCGGCUCCGAUGUCAUCACCACCAAAUAUCGAGAGAGCUCCAAGAACAGGGGGCGGGAGCCAGGUGCCCCACAGUUGCUUCUGAACCACUGCGCCAACCUGACUUCCGCCUAGCUUCCAGGGCAUGCUGGGAUGGAGUGGAGUGCCACCUGAUUGGCUCUAGAGUUCGACAACAAUCGGAUGUUUUAGGUUCUUCAGUCGCAUAGUUAUUUGUAGAUGAUAAUAAUAAAAUGAUAAUUUGAAGUUGUGAACACUACUUUUUAUAUCAUGUAAACAAAUGCUAUCACACAAUAUUGAAAGACAGUUGUUUGUAAGCCCGCAAAUUGUAAUUGUACUCUGAGGUCUGUUUUGUUCCCUUUUUUCCUAUUGUAUGUGACAAUCUUUGGAGGUUUGUAGGUACCACAAAACAUUCAACAGUGAUCUGGAAGUCUGUUGAAAAUGAUGGAUAAGGGCUAUGGUAUUUAAAUCAAGAGGCAGAUUUGGUAAAGUAUCAAACCAUGUCAAAUGAGUGACCAAUUCCAGAACCCCUCCUAUGGCUUGACAUUCACAAUGAUUGAUCCAUGAGUUUAAAAACAUAUGCAUACCUAGUGCAGUUUCCAGGCCUGCUGAGAAUGAGCCUAGUGCAGUAAGAAGAUCAUCGAUAAGGAAGACAUGUGAACAGCCUCAGUUACUCGUUCUACAUCCACAAAUGUACAUACAUGCAGACACAAAAUGCGAAAUCACACUCGAGCACUUCCGCAUAUAGACAAAAACAUCACACAAUACCAUCCACUGUCUUUAUAUUACAAUGUAUUAUUAAUAUUAUGAUUACAAAAGAUAAUUCAUGGUUACAGCCUAGGCCAAGGAGAAGCAUGCAACAUUUGGACAAUUACUUUGACCACAACCAUUUGCUUAGACACACAUAAAGGAGGUGUGAUAUUUCAAGUUGAGCUGCUGCCUGAAGCUGCUGCAUAGUAUUAAUCAGCAAUGAGAGCCAUUGGUUAGAAAAAUAACUACUAUAAUGAACUUCAUUUGCUUGAGUUUUUCCAUAGCACAUUAGUUUUACACCAGGCAGGUGUGCAAGCAUUCUAUUGACCUGCUAUGUAAGGAACUGACCAAACCUGGGUUAUUUUGAGUGGAGGUGAUGGAGAAGGUCACAAUUUUCUUAAGUGAUUCUGAGGGUGCUGAGGGUCCAGAUGCAGGUCAGCAGGGAGACUGCUGAAAGAAUGAAGAUGGGAGCGUAAGACAUGGAAGCUUAAUAUGGAAUAGGAUGUUGAUCAUUUACUAUGUAGAAGUGCACAAUGUUUAGAAAUGUGCAACAGAUAAUGCCAGACAUGUACAACAUGUUGUGAAUCAUGUUUGGUAAUAAAAUAGUCGAUAUGCAUUAAAGAUAAUUGCCACCAUUGUCACCGUUUGGGUAAAGUACCCUAAAUUGUGGACAAUAUCAGUGUAUCGUGUGCUUUGGAUCACACAUUCUCCAUAGUGCCGCUCCCAGGUCCCAGUGGCAUGGAGCUGACUUCACAGUCACCUGAAGAGACCUCAGCUCAUGAAGGUCCUCCUGACCUCACUCAGGCCCCCUCCACUUCCAACUCAUCAAAGCCGAAUUCCGCAAUGAAGCUGGAGUUGGAGCAACAGAAAGGUAGAGUUACUGUUUGAAUCAGAAUUAUAGGGGAUGACACACUGUAAUUCUAAAGAAUAUUAAUGUUACAGAGUCCACACAUGAAGCCACCCUUCUGCUGCUGGACCUCACACGUAGCCCCCUUAGUCUCUACCACAAAAGCAGGGUGGCUUUCUAUAAAGAAAUGGAAGGUCUAGCAACAGAAGGCUACACCACCAGAAAUGAAAAAAUCCAAAAAAGCUAGGAAACCUGAUGAUCACCCACACACGGGCAAAGGACAGGUCCAAACGAGAUACGAAAGAGGAAAUGACAGGCACUAAAGUUCUACAGAAAACUUCUGUCACCAACCUCCACACUUGUUGGUCUGAAAUGGCUCUUGAAGUCUGACGGUAUAAGGAGACAAAGUCUUACUUACUUAUUACUUUUGCAACUAACCUGGGGAAAUUAUGGAGACUCAGUUACAACCUAUGGAUUGUUUCAUGUCAAUGAAUAUAUAUAAACAGUGUUAUCUUUAGAAUCAAGGAAAUGAAUUUGAUGAAAUAUCGUAUAUACACUCCUAUAUUUGUUGUGAAUUUCAACAUUUUCGGGUAGACUUGUUGCAGGCAAUUUCGGCGCUUUAAAUGUUUCAUAUCUUGCCUUUGCUAGAUUUGAUAAAACUACUUACCUUCUCCGCGAGCGCAGUCCAAUAAAGAAGAGUUCCUCCACCUCCAAUUCCACAGCCAAUAAAUCCGCAGACGCGAUUUUCUCCAUCGCGUUCUUCGGACAAACUACAAUCCGACUACAACAAACCGAGAUUUAUUCAGACUAUCUGCCCACUUCCUCAUCAUCUCAGUACCUGCGCAGCCGCCACUUGGUCUCCCAAACCCUUGCCAAUUCUGCAUUCGCCUGGCUGUGCCUGAACGCACUCACUGUCUUUCCACCAAAUUACAUCGUUCAUGAGAUUUUAUUUACACCUUUGGGAAGGACAAAUGUCUCAGUUGUAAAAAGGGAACAAUUGUUUUUGUAUAUUUUUUCCACAUGUGAUGAUUCAUUUGUGGUGGCACCAGAGGGAUUGUUCACUGGGCACUGCUGUUGAGCGACCUCAGCUUGUGAAAAUGUAAAAUCUAUUGUACAAAUGUUCUAAUUAAACUGGUAAU